AUGGCUUCAACAGAUCUCUACUCUUCUCUCAGCAAGCAAUUUGGUGCUGACAAGGUGUUCAAACCUGAUGAUACAUUGAAGUACUUCACUGCUCAGUCGUGUGCUCAAAUUCCAGCAAUCCAUGUCCUCCCUGAGAGUGCCGAAGAUGUCUCAAUCAUCAUUAAGACGGCAACGGAGCACCAGCAGCCAUUUGCUGUAAAAUCUGGCGGCCAUGGUGUAUUCGCCGGCGCCUCCAGUAUCUCAGGCGGCCUUCUUAUCGACUUGGCCCGAAUCAACAAGACAGAAGUUGCAGAUGACAGGAAGUCGGCUUGGAUUGGAGCAGGCGCUAAAUGGGGCUCCGUCUAUGAGGCGUUGAACAACCAUGGGCUCAGCAUCCCCGGUGGGCGAAUUUCUUCCGUGGGUGUAGGAGGUCUCACUUUAGGGGGCGGAAUCUCCUUUGCUGCAAAUCGGUAUGGUCUAGCCUGUGACAACGUGAAGAGCUACGAGGUCGUGCUUGCUUCAGGAGAGAUCAUCCAAGUUACGACUGAGUCACACCCUGAUCUUUUCUUCGCUCUUCGUGGCGCAGGCACCAAUUUCGGUGUGGUGACCAGGUUUCAAUUCGUGGCCUUUGAACAGACGCAAAUCUGGGGAGGAGUGAAACAGUAUUUUGGAGAAGACCAAGUAGUCACCCUGCUGGACAAGUUCUGUCACGAUCAAGCCCUCGACUCCGAGGUCGCCGAUAUAUAUGCCGAGGCCUUCGUUAUUGUGGCGUAUGUACAGCCAUUGCAGAAGUACAUCACAACCGCAGUCUUGUCUCACGGCGCCACGACCGACAAUCCUCCCGUCUUUGAGGGUUUCAACAGAUUGCAACCCUUCCAGUCUAGCACGAAAGUCCGCUCAGUUGCUGAUUUAUGCAUCGAGUUGAAUGCAAACAAUCCACAUGGGUUGAGGUCAAAAGUCUUAAACUUCUCCGUUACAGGUGAUGCCGAAAUCCUUUUGAAGGUGAUCUCCAUCUACAGAGAGGCACUUAUACAGCACAAGGACAAAGUCAAGAACUUUGUGCCGGCCCUCCUCAUUCAACCCCUCCUGCCACGGAUGCUUCCAGAUGACGAAGGUAGCCAUACGCUAGGUGUUAGCAAGAAGGAUGGCCCGCUGUAUAUCAUUUGCCUCCUGUGGUCCUGGACCGAAGUCUGCGACGACGAGCUCGCCAUUCAAAUCGCCUACGACAUCCGAGACAAGGCAAAAGCCGCCGCCAGCUCCGCAGGGAGAUUGCACCGCUACGUCUACCUCAACUACGCAGAUUCGGACCAAGAUGUGUUUGCAAGCUACGGAGAAAGUAACCUGAAGACGCUCCUUGAGGUUAGCAAGAAGUAUGACCCCAAUCAGAUCUUCACCAGGCUGAGGCCCGGCUACAUCAAGGUCGCGAGAUCUGCUCAGGCGAAGGAAUCUGCAUGUGCCUAA